CUACUGUUGAUGAAAAGAGGAGGUCAGGUCAUUUAUGCUGGGCCUCUUGGUCGCCGUUCUCAAGAGCUCAUAGAAUAUUUUGAGGCUGUCCCAGGUGUUCCCAAGAUAAAAGAUGGAUAUAACCCUGCAACAUGGAUGCUUGAAAUUAGUGCUUCUUCAGUGGAGGCACAACUGGAUGUAGAUUUUGCAGAAAUUUAUGCCAACUCCUCUCUCUAUCAGAGGAAUCAGGAACUUAUCAAAGGGCUGAGCACACCACCACCAGGAUCCAGGGAUCUGUACUUCCCAACCCAAUACUCUCAAACUUUUCUUACUCAAUGUAAAGCUUGUUUCUGGAAACAGCAUUGGUCUUACUGGAGAAACCCUCGUUAUAACGCCAUUCGCCUCUUCAUGACAUUAGCCAUCGGAUUCAUAUUCGGUCUCAUCUUUUGGGACAAAGGACAGAAGACAUUUAGCCAGCAAGAUCUAUUGAAUGUUUUCGGAGCCAUGUACGCAGCCGUGCUUUUCCUUGGAGCAACCAAUGCUGCUGGAGUGCAGUCAAUUGUUGCUAUUGAGAGAACAGUUUUCUAUCGCGAAAGAGCAGCUGGAAUGUAUUCCCCAUUGCCUUACGCAUUUGCGCAGGUGGCUAUAGAAGCAAUUUAUGUAGCAAUACAAACUAUUGUUUAUAGCAUUAUCCUCUUCUCCAUGAUGGGCUUCGAGUGGACAGUUUCAAAGUUCUUGUUCUUCUACUACUUCAUAUUCAUGUGCUUUGUUUACUUCACAUUAUUUGGGAUGAUGGUUGUUGCGUUGACUCCAGCCCCACAAAUAGGUGCCAUUUGCAUGUCCUUCUUCACGUCCUUCUGGAACUUGUUCUCUGGUUUCCUUCUUCCUAGACCUCAAAUACCUAUAUGGUGGAGGUGGUACUACUGGUGUUCUCCAGUGGCUUGGACAUUGUACGGCCUUGUGACGUCCCAAGUGGGGGAGAAUGGUAAUACUAUUUCCGUACCUGGCGAGCCUAAGCCUGUGGCCAUAAAGGAUUUUCUCAAGAGUUACUUGGGAUUUGAAUACGACUUUCUUCCUGCUGUAGCCGUCGCCCAUCUUGGUUGGGUUGUCCUCUUCUUCUUUCUGUUUUCCUAUGGUAUCAAGUUCCUCAACUUCCAGAAGAGAUAA